CUUUCUCUGCCCAUCACCUGCUGGAGAUGCCUUCUGGACCCCAGUUCCUUGAGCCCCAGCUUUACCCCAGCUGAGGAUGGGCAGUGCCAUUGUUCAUUGUUCUGGAACAUUCUAGAACCUCCAGGCAAGGGCUGGAGCCAGGGCUGCAGAGCAUUCCUCGGCUCAGCUGGGGCAGCGCCGCCCCAUCCCCCAGUGGUCCUCAUGUGGAGGCUGGCACUAGGCGGGGUUUUCCUGGCAGCCGCCCAGGCUUGUGUCUUCUGUCGCCUCCCAGCCCACGACUUGUCAGGCCGCCUGGCUCGGCUCUGCAGCCAGAUGGAGGCCAGGCAGAAGGAAUGUGGGGCCUCCCCGGACUUCUCGGCCUUUGCCUUAGAUGAGGUGUCCAUGAACAAAGUCACAGAGAAGACUCACAGAGUCCUGAGGGUCAUGGAGAUCAAAGAGGCUGUCUCCUCGCUCCCUUCAUAUUGGAGUUGGCUUCGAAAGACCAAGCUCCCUGAGUACACCAGAGAAGCUCUCUGUCCCCCCACCUGCCGGGGCAGCACCACGCUGUACAACUGCUCCACCUGCAAGGGGACGGAGGUGUCCUGCUGGCCCCGAAAGCGCUGCUUCCCAGGAAGUCAGGAUCUUUGGGAAGCCAAGAUUCUGCUACUCUCCAUCUUCGGAGCUUUCCUGCUUCUGGGUGUUCUGAGCCUCCUGGUGGAGUCCCACCACCUCCAAGCAAAAAGUGGCUUGUGAAGACGCUGAAAACCUCCCAGCCUCCAGCUCUAAGGGCCCUCAACCAAUCACAUGGCUGUCAACAAUGCCAGGAAAAUAUCUACAGAAGGAAAGAAUCCCCUACGCCACUCCCACCACACCCACACCCCCUUCUGCCUGUUCCGGGAAAGCGGGGGCAUCUGCCCCAGAAGCUAUUCCAGGCCCUCCUAUGACUGAUGGGGAAUCCGGGAAUGCAUGUUCUGGAAAACUCACCCCACUAGAGUGAGAUCACAUCAGUGGGUUCGCGGGCAUGCCCUCCCUCCAUCGUGUUAACAGUUUGAAACCCUGGCCUCCCUCAGAGGCCUCCAUCCUGCCAGGCCUAAGUAAAACUUGCUGUUCAUGGCCUCUGCCCCUGCCUAGCCUCUGUCUGCAACUGGGGAGGGCAGAGGAAGGAUGGGAGACUCUCAGAGUAGCACAGUGCUUCUCAGAUGGGGGUGAUUUUGCACCCCAGUAGACAUUUUGCAACAUCUGGAGUCGUUUUGGAUUGUUUUAACUGGGGGGAUGUGCUACUGGCCUCUGGUGGGUAGAGACUAGAGAUGCUGCUAAACAUCCCACAACACACAGGAAAGUCCCCACAGCAAAGAAUUAUCCCGUCCAAAAUGUCAGUGUUUACCAGGA